AUGGCUUGUCACCCUUUCGUAGCACAAUCAUCACUCUUCCACCGCACAUUCGCCUACGAGCCAGAAACCAUUGAAUCGGGUCAAGGUAUCACUCUCAUCACAAACACUGGUCGCCGUAUCCUCGACGCCUCUUCAGGUCCAGCGGUAUCUUGUCUCGGUCACUCCAGACCCGACAUAGCUCAGAUCGUAGCAGAGCAAAUCAACAAAGUCGCGUAUGUUUACUCGGGCUCUCGCUUUACUUCACAAGCUGGAGAGGAACUAGCUACAGAAUUGGUCGGCCACCGUCCUGGAGGUUUAUCCAAAGCCAUCUUUGUCAAUUCGGGAAGUGAAGCUACGGAUGCGGCUAUCAAACUUGCAACACAAUAUUGGCAUGAAGUGGGCCAGCCUCAGAAAAGGCACUCCAUUGCCAGAAAGCAGAGUUAUCAUGGAAAUACUCUCGGUGCUUUGAGUAUCUCCGGUCAUGAUUCGAGGAGACAAUUGUAUGCGGAUUGGCUGUCCUCAAAUGUCUCCUUCGUUGAGCCGAAUAUGCCAUAUCGCUUCAAACACCCUGGCGAAACCGACGCGCAGUAUCUGAAGAGAUCUGUAGAUGAGAUAGAAGAUGAGAUUCAGAGGCUCGGUCCUCAACAUAUCAUGUGUGGCAUGGGAAAGACCGGCACCUUGCAUGCGUGGGAGCAAGAAGGUAUCCGUGGACCAGACCUUCAGACCAUCGGUAAAGCCCUCGGAGCUGGUUUUCUGCCACUGUCGGCAGUGUUGGUUCACGAGAAGAUCUUCGAUGCACUUGUCAAUGGCUCUGGUGGUUUGGCACAUGGUCAUACGUUCCAGGCACAUCCAGCAGCAUGUGCUUCCGCUCUGGCUGUCCAGCGUAUCAUGCGCGAAGAAAAUAUCCUCGAUAACGUCAAGGCCAUGGGUCGUGUUCUCAGCAAUCUUCUCCACAACGUGAUCCUUCCACUUCCUUUCGUAGGAGACGUCCGAGGCCGCGGUCUUUUCUGGUCGGUGGAAUUCAUACUAGACGAGCAGAACCGUACCCCGCCCCCCUCUGAGAUGCAGCUCGGUACUAAAAUCGUCAAUAAAGCACUUGAUAUGGGGCUUUCGAUUCUUGGAAAUCUGGGUCAGACGGGCGCGGUCUAUCUUGACUUUGUCAUCGUUUCGCCUCCUUAUUCGGUCACUGAGGCCGAGCUGAUUGAAAUUAUUGAUCUGCUGAAAGAUGCUAUUAUAGCUGUGACGGAUGAUCUUGGAUUGGAGAGAUGA